AGCCGCCGCGCCCGCCUUCCGGUCCCCGCGCGCCGGCCCGCCCCCAGGGCGCCGGGCGCGCCGCCAGCGGAUCUCGGCCUCUCUCGGCCUCCCAUCCCCGCCAAGCGGCGGCCCCCAUGCCCAGAUGGCAGAGGCGCGAUGGCGCCAACGCGGCGCGGGCCCCCUGCGGGCGCGCGGCCGCCGCGGAGGGCGCGCGGGCCUGCGCCGGGGCGCCGACGGGCGCCGCGGCAGAGGCCGGCGGCCAGGGGCACGGCAAGCGCGCGGCACCGUGGACGUAUUGGUCAGAGGGCGAGCUCGGCCCGGGCGAGGAAGGCGGAGAGGCGGAGCUGCCCGCCGACGGAGGUGGCGGCCCGCGGGCCCUGCACACCCCCGCGGAGGGGGCCGGCGACGCGUGCGGCCUGGGCAGCUCCUCGGCGGAUUGCUGGAACCGGCUCAGGGACAAGGCCCGCGUGGAGGGCGAGCUCGGCCUGAGCGAGGAUGGCGGAGAUGUGGAGCUGCACGACGCGUCGAACCCGAGUUGCCUCGUGGCCACCGGGUACACGCGGGUUGUGUACGGCGACCACGGGGCCUACCUAGAGCUCGACCCGGCACGGCACGUCGUGUGGGAGAGCUUGCCGACCGCGGUCCUGAAGCCCCCCCACGCGUACUAUGACGAGUACCACUCCGAGGGGGGCUUCGUCAGACUGUAUCUCCAGAAGCGUUCCGUUGAGGGGAAGCCCAACCCGCCCGCCGGUGGUGUCCGUCACCAGCGAAAUGGGGGCUACGCAGACUACAGGGUGGGCAUGUGCUACGUCGAGCCGGGCAUGCUGACAUUGGCGCGUCAUGUGGUAGCCACCCAUGCAGCACAGCCACAUGAGUCCAGGAGGCGAUGGCGGAAGUGAUCAGCUGAAGUGAUCGGCGUUCUCGUUAUGCGAGAGUGCCAGGUCUGUUUUCGGCUCGCCAGCCCAGUGGCACGAGCCGCGGUUGCGAGUGCCCCGUCGAGAUGAUGCCGACGGAGGUAUCAGGAGUGUAUCAAGUUCACGGAGUAGCGGGGCAAAUCAGGAAGGUUCGUGGAGCCGUUCCUAGAGAGGAUGGGGGAGAUCAAGAGAGGCGAGACCGAGACAGGCGAAUCGCAUGGCAGCGCUGAAGAAAGAGCUUCGACGACUGAGCGCGACCGAAGGGCCUUCCCUGCAUCUGCCGCGUCUAGCUUCGCAACAGCAUGUUCUGCCAGGAGAACUGCUUUAGAAGUGAGUCGGCGCGGAGGAUGUCCUCCGUCUUCCCCCUCCAUUUCUGCUCCCUCAUCUCCGUCCUCUUCCGCCAACUUCGCC